GGAAACGAGAGUUCAGGAGAAACUUCCUGGCCAAGAACAGCUGUGGGAAUUCACUACCAGCUCGUUUGGGGAAACCAUCCGAAGACAGCAAGAUGUUUCUCGCUCUCUUGUACUUCGCUUUGCCCUUAGUGGAUGUACUUUUGUCCGCAGAAGUGAGUGGGCUGCCUGGAGGGGACCGCCUUGACUGUGUGAAAGCCAGCGAUCAGUGUCUCAAGGAGCAGAGCUGUAGUACUAAAUACAGGACACUGAGGCAGUGUGUAGCCGGCAAAGAGAGCAACUUCAGCCGGGCAACAGGCCUGGAGGCAAAGGAUGAAUGCAAAAGCGCCAUGGAAGCUCUCAAGCAGAAAUCUCUGUACAACUGCCGCUGUAAGAGGGGCAUGAAGAAGGAGAAAAACUGCCUGCGCAUUUACUGGAGCAUGUACCAGAGCUUACAGGGAAAUGACUUGCUUGAAGAUUCCCCUUACGAGCCAGUUAACAGCAGACUAUCAGAUAUAUUCAGGCUAGCACCAAUUGUAUCAGUGGAGCCAGUACUUUCAAAGGGGAACAAUUGCUUGGAUGCAGCAAAAGCUUGCAACCUAAAUGAUACCUGCAAGAGGUUCAGAUCUGCUUACAUAACCCCCUGCACCAGCAGCACGUCUAAUGAAAUCUGUAACAAGCGGAAGUGUCAUAAGGCCCUCCGGCUAUUUUUUGACAAAGUUCCCCCAAAGCACAGCUACGGGAUGCUCUUCUGCUCCUGUCGAGACGUAGCCUGUACAGAAAGGAGACGGCAGACUAUUGUUCCUGUGUGUUCAUAUGAGGACAGGGAGAAACCAAACUGCCUGAAUUUACAAGAAUCCUGCAAGAAGAAUUACAUCUGCAGGUCUCGCCUUGCAGAUUUCUUCACAAACUGCCAGCCUGAGUCACGGUCUGUUAGUAGCUGUCUGAAGGAGAACUAUGCUGACUGCCUCCUCGCUUACUCAGGGCUUAUUGGCACAGUGAUGACACCAAACUACAUCGACUCAAACAGUCUCAGCGUUGCCCCAUGGUGUGACUGCAGCAACAGUGGUAAUGACAUUGAUGAAUGCCUGAAAUUUCUGAAUUUCUUCCAGGACAAUACAUGCCUUAAAAACGCAAUUCAGGCCUUCGGCAAUGGUACUGAUGUGAAUGUGUGGCAGCCAAUCUUACCGGUACAGACCACUACAGCCACAACUACAACAGCUUCCCGACUUAAAAACAUAGGAUCAGAGACCACCAACAACGAAAUACCCACCCACAACGAUUCACCAGCAUGUGCAAACCUGCAGGCACAGAAGAAGCGGAAAUCCAACGAAUCUGUAGAUACAGAGCUCUGUCUUAAUGAGAACGCUAUUGGGAAAGACAACACAGCAGGAGUCUCCACCAGUCACAUAUCUUCGGAGAAUUCGCUCGCUCUUCCCAGAAGCUUCUACCUAAGCACACCGCUCACUCUGAUGACACUUGCACUCCCACUCUGUUUGUUCCUAAGCUCAUCAGUCGUCUUGUAG